AUGGAACAACGGGGAGUCGGACAUCUUGCCACGCAACUCGGCAGUAUAGAGGGGCAGAGCGACGACGGUGAUGCUGCAACGCUGGUGAUGCCCCGGAAGCUGGCACUAGGGAUUACCUGGCUGACACUAAUCACUGUAGGGGCUGCAAUCAAGUGUUAUAAGUGUCAUAACAGCAACUCUGACGCAUGCGGCGAGAUCUUCAAGUCAUACCAGUUCUCCACGUACAAAUGUGCGUCUGAGAACAUGAAGUGUGGCAAGCAAACGCAACCACCUAUUACUCAUAAUGGCAAGGAGAACUGGGUGGGUGUUAUCAGAACGUGUUACCCUGUGGGAUCCCUCCCAGGCAUCAACGAGACUGACGGAUGCCACGACUGGACAAACCCAUACGACAACUUCACGGCAGAAUUCUGCUUCUGCAGCACAGACGGUUGCAACCCAGCAACCCGUCUCCAUAUCAACGGGAAUGUUAUUCUUCUGACCGUGGCCUUAGGCGCAGUUAUGCAAUAUAUGCAAACUAUGUUAUGAAUAUGUUGUUGGAAUAUCAGGCGAACUGUGUUCAAUAAGCAAUGCGCUGAGAGGUUGUACACAUCCUUUGAAUAUUAUAAUGUCAAGUGUAUUCAACAGCUAUGUUAUCUCGGUCGGGGUUUCAAAACGACUACAUGAUCAAAGCCUUUUGUUAGAUCCUUCAACAUUUGCACAAAGCGUGAAGCUCUUUCCUGUUACCACAGAAUAUGUUUGCUGGAAAAUUGCACGUGAAGGCGUAGGACGCUCUUUAUGCUAAAAUGUGGGUUGAUGUACACGAACAAUGAACACAGCACAAUACUUAAUCAGGUAAAUGGCUUCUCGGCUCUUCUUACUCUCCUCCGUCAUCAGCCACAACGGCAUUACCAUCGUUUGUUAUAUAUUUUGAGGCGUAAGGUGGAUUGUACUUAUUAGAAAAAGAUCUUCAUUAUCUAUUUAUAAACAUCUGUUAUGUAUCAAAGCGAUACAUGUUGUUUUUGAUAUAAAAUUAUUUUCAUAUUUAAGUGUAUCAUUUAUGAAACAUCGAACAGUUAAUAUAAAUAAUGUUUUCUCAUCAUUCUUAACUGAUUGUUGUCAAAAUAUUUUUCUGUAGUCUCGGUGUUAUGCUAACGUUAUGUUGCUGUAAAUAGGAAUCUAUACACAUGCGAUGUACGCUGCGUAUGUAUACGUAGUACAAUCAGUUGUCAGGAAGGAAACAUUGGCAAAUGGGUAUAUACUUCUGUGAAGACAAUCGGUCACGUGUCCAGUUUCGAGAGAAGGAGAUCUAAAUGGGUUACGACGAUGAAUCAUGUCCAAAUACAGCCGUCGUUUCCCUGUUGGAGAGCCAGACCCUUUUCCAAGAGGUCUUACCAUAUACAAUACCCGUUUUAAGGGAAAGAGGUCGUUAUAUACAGCUGCCAUCUGGAGCCUCUGCACGCCACCCUUUGACGUCGCUGAUGGUUCUUUCACAUUUCACUUCUUGGUAUUUACCUAUUUGCGGGGCACAGGUCGAGACCAGUCUGUCUGUCCAGAUAGGGUCGUGACAAAAGUCCUCACAAAGAAACGGCACAAACUAGGCGUGCAGACGUUGGUCCCUGCUGUCUACAGCUGGUGUUGCGUUCUGCUUGAAUAGAUGAGUGUUGAAAAUGGUAUUUCUGCCCUUGACGUCUCUUGUCACCGGUCUACUGCAGUCGGUUGAUAACACAUUCACGCUUUACCAGCCUGGAACAUCCAUGUGACACUCAGACUCAUCUUGCCCCAUACAUGUCAUGAUCUUACAACAGAUAAAACGGCGAGAUACCUGUAUAGCCAUUUGUAG